AUGUCACCAAUUUCUACCGCUAACCAUGGAUUGCGGCGACUUAAUCUUGGUAUCUUUUUGAUGCUAUCUGCAUCGGCCACGUCAGGAUACAACGCCAGUCAGAUCAACAGUCUACUCGUGCUCCCAGAGUUCACCGAGUUCCUAAGCGGCCUUGAUUCUAACUCAACCGGUCUCAUUAUCGCUUCUGUCUCUCUUGGGGCCUUCCUUUCUUUUAUUCCAGCUUCUUAUGUCGCCGAUAUAUUGGGCCGCCGGACAUGUGUUAGCAUCGGAGCGACACUUUGUAUACUCGCCUCUAUACUACAAGUCUCUAUCAAACAUCCCUGGGUUUUCUUCGGUGCUCGAAUCCUGACUGGUAUCGGUGUUGGUUUCUCCCAAACCGCAGCACCACUGUUGAUCACGGAAACGGCCCACCCGAGUCAAAGGCCAACACUCACUGGUCUCUAUAAUGCAGUCUGGUUUUGUGGAUCUAUCACCGCUGCUGCUAUCACUUUCUCCACUUUGUCCAUUGGAAAUAGCUGGUCCUGGAGAGUACCAUGCAUGCUACAAGUUCUAUACCCGUCAAUGCAACUCGUGGCACUCUGUGUGAUCCCCGAAAGUCCAAGAUGGCUUGUUUCGAAGAACAGGCAAGGCGAAGCCCUUGCUAUGCUUACACGAUACCAUGCGAAUGGUGACAUACAUGACAAGUUGGUUCAAGACGAAUAUGACCAGAUCUGUGCUAGUAUUCACGCCGAAGCCGAUCAAAAGUCUGCCUCGCGAUGGAGUGCUUUUUUCAGAUCAAAAGGAGACAUUCACCGCUUCACAAUCUGCGUUCUUCUGGGAUUUAUGCAAGAGUGGACUGGAAAUGGCGUCACUUCCUACUAUCUACCACCAAUCCUGGCCUCCGUCGGUAUCACAAAUGCAACACAUCAGGCUGCUGUCAACAUCAGCCUUCAAUUCUGGAACUUGAUAUUUGCCGUGGUGGGAGCAAGCACUUCAGACAAAUAUGGACGGCGAGUUCUCUGGCUGUGCGCCACAACACUGAUGCUGAUAUUCCUUUCGACAUCAACCGCCAUGGCGGGCCUUUUCGCUGAAAUGAACAUUCUGGAAGCAGGCAUUGCAGUUGUCCCAAUGCUGUUCCUGUUCUGUGCAGCCUACGACUUCGCAUACAUGCCGCUUUUCAUCGCAUAUCCAGCCGAAAUCUUGCCAUUCCAGCUUCGUGCCAAAGGCCUUGCUGUCACACUUACAACAGAUUCACUGGCUUGCUUUUUCAACCAAUAUGUGAACCCGGUGGCAUUUUCAGCACUUCGAUGGAGAUACUUCUGCAUCUACGUAGGCUGUCUGGUCAUUGUACUAGCUGUGGUGUUCUUUUUCUUCCCAGAGACACAAGGAAGGUCUUUGGAAGAAGUUGCGCGAAUUUUUGAGAACACCAAGGUCAAAGAUCAUGAAGCAAUCAUGAGCGACUCCGAUGGAUCUAAGCAGUCGUCUUUCGUGAUUAAGUACGAAUAA